UCUUUCGACGGUGUGAAAUCAAAGUGUAUCGCGUGCAUUUAGUGCUGCCUUUGCGUUCAUCUGCGUUAAGAUCGAGAGAGAAAUGUUGUGCGAUGUUAAAGUCAUUGGGAUUAUUUAAGUUUGUAAGGAGGAAAAAGAAGAACAAAGUGAAGCUGGGGGCAGAGGAUCAAACCCAGACCAUCACAAGUACAAAGAGACUGAAUACAAAUGGCAAAGGUGCAGAAACUCCGAAACAACCACUGGCAGCUCACUUGGGAUCAGGCACAUGUGACAGAGACAUAAUACCACCGUCGCUUGAUCACAUCGAGGAAGUGCAGAUAGUAGAGCCAACUCCAUCUCCGAAUGAGGAUGGUUUACAGAAGAGCAAUGUAGAGAUGCAACUUAUAAAUCAGCAACAGAAAACAAGUAGCAAAGGUGCAGAAACUCCUAAACAACCAAGGGAGACUCACUUGGGCUCAGGAACACAUGACAGAGACAUAAUACCACCGUCCCUUGAUCACAUAAAGGAAGCACAGAUAGCAGAGCCAAGUUCAUCCUUGAAUGAGGAUGGUUUAAAGAUGAACAGUGUAGAGGUGCAGGUUAAAGAUAAGAGUCUAGAAGAUUUCAUGUUCCACAAAGUGCUUGGAAGGGGUGGAUAUGGCAAGGUUGUUCUGGCUGAACUCAGAGGCACAGAUGAGUUUUUUGCAAUAAAGUUGGUGAGGAAAGACAAAAUUAUGAAUUAUAAACAUGUGCGCCAAACUCUGCUGGAGAGAGAUAUCCUGGUUAUGACUGCAGAACACCCCUAUCUAGUCCAACUCUGCUUCUGCUUUCAGACAAGUGAUCUCUUGUGCUUUGCUUUGGAGUACCUGAAUGGAGGUGAUCUAGAUUACCACCUUGCACACACUCGAUUCACCGAAUCACACUCCUGCAUUUAUGCUGCUGAGAUCACCUCUGCUCUCAUGUUUCUCCACCGUAAUGGGAUCAUUCAUAGAGACCUCAAACCCAGCAAUGUCCUGUUAGAUGCCGAUGGCCACUGCAAGCUUGCUGACUUUGGCUUGUGCAAAAAGGACAUUCUAGAUGGCAAGACCACCAACACAUUAUGUGGUACACCUCAGUACAUGGCACCUGAGAUACUGCUGAAAUAUAAAUAUGGUGCUUCGGUGGACUGGUGGUGUCUAGGUGUUAUCAUGUAUGAGAUGAUGGUGGGCUAUCCUCCGUUUAUUGCUUCAAAUGAGAAAAAGGUGUUCAGGUCAAUCCUUAUGGAUAGUCCUUGCUAUCCAUUUUUUCUGAGCAGAGAGGCGAAAGACAUUCUCAAGGCAUUCCUAGUGAAGAUUCCUAAGGCUCGGCUUGGCUGCGUGGUGUCCCAGGGCCAGGAGGAAGCCAUCAAAGUUCAUCCAUUCUUUAAGAAUAUUGACUGGGUUCUUUUGGAACAGAGGAAAAUUAAGACCCCUUUUAAACCAAAAAUGAAUGCCAAUAACAUUAAAGGACCCCUCAGUCAUCAGGUGGUCAGGCUUACUCCCAUUGAUUAUUCAAAAAUUAAGCCAAAUUUGCAGAGGUUCUUUAAUGGCUUCUCCUACUGUAACCCCAAAUAUCGAUAAGAUUUUUUUUCUUAUUUGAGUAUUACGCUUUCCCCUGACAAGCAUGUACUAAUCAGGGGAUGACAUUACUUUUAUCCACAACUCUCCAGGUAUUUGUAUAAAUCUAUAAUCUAUUAAUAUUCAAUGAGAUUUCUGAUUUCAAAGCAAGAUAAACAAUUAAGAAAGUGUGAAUGCCACCUCUCCAGGACAAAUAUCCAUAUGUAAUACAAAUAUGUAAUAUCCUAUGCAAUGUUUAUAAACACCAUAUCACAACGUGGUAAGCACAGGCAUAAAACACUGAACUGUAUGUACUGUGUAUGGCCAUGUACUGUAUGUUACAAAUAAAAUUUGAAUUUGACAUAGA